UCUCUCUCUCUCUCUCUCUCUUCUCCACAGUCCACAGACAUUCUCUGCUUUCUCUCCUCCAUCGAUCCUCACGCCCUCCCCCACUUUCUCUUUCUUGCUUUUUCUAGUGUGAGAGAAAGAGAGAAAGAGAAAGAGAGACUCCCAUAAAGAUCCACAUAAUCUCACACUGAAAGCGUUGCUUUCCUUCACUUUUUUAUAUCCAUAACACCACUCCCCAUUCCUCCUUACCCUCUUACUAUACUAUUCCCCCAUCAUCACCAUCAUCUUCUCCCAUUCUCACCCCCCAACUCUUCUUCUCUUUAUCUCUAUCUCUAUCUCUAUCUCUAUUCCCUUUUUUUCUUUGUCAUUCCUUAACCUUAAAAAGAAGGUUGUUUUCAGUGAGACGAAUAAGAAAUUCUAAGCAAAGCCUGCGACGACGUCGAAGGCGUGAAGAACUGAGACGUUACUUCAGCGUUCACGGGAUAAAUGCGUGGAAGUAGCUUUGUAUUGCUCAUUGUGCAAUGCUUGCAGUAGUUGAGAGGGAAAGGAGCUGCCUUGGGCGUUCUUCGCCUUACACUGCUGAUAUGCCUGCUAGGCAGAUGAUGAUGGAACCCAGUGGAGGGGAAAGGCGUGUUGUUGUCGUCCCCAAGAAGCCCUUGCAAAGUUCUGUGAACCAGCAGAAGUUGGAGUGCCAGGAGCCACCAUUGCAGGAGCCCAAGAAGGGUGCAGGGAGGAGGAGGGUCAGGGGGAAAGGAAAGGGUGGUUCUUCUGCUCAGACUAUGGCUCAGUCUCAUGUUGAACAUAUUGGUUUGGAUGUUGUUGCUCCUCCUGUCUCCACCAAAGGCAUUGGCUUUCAGCGUCGCCCUGGGUUUGGUGUUGUGGGCACAAAGUGCAUUGUGAAGGCAAAUCACUUCCUUGCUGAGCUUCCUGACAAGGACUUGAACCACUAUGAUGUCACAAUAACACCAGAGGUUGCUUCAAGGACUAUGAACAGGGCUAUCAUGGCAGAGUUGGUGAGGCUUUAUAGAGAGACUGAGCUGGGUAUGAGGCUUCCUGCUUAUGAUGGGAGAAAGAGCCUUUAUACUGCUGGGGUUCUCCCUUUUACUUCAAAAGAGUUUGUUGUGAAGAUCACCGAGGAAGAUGACGGUCUUGGGGUCAAUAGGGAGAAGGAAUAUAGAGUGGCAAUCAAGUUUGUGGCCCGUGCUGAUCUUCAUCACUUGCGACAAUUUAUAGCUGGAAAGCAAGCAGAUGCUCCCCAAGAAACCUUGCAGGUUCUUGAUAUUGUUUUAAGGGAGCUGUCCAGCAAAAGAUAUAUUUCGAUCGGGAGAUCCUUCUAUUCAGCUGAUAUCAGGAAGCCUCAAAGGCUUGGUGAUGGAUUGCAGUCCUGGUGUGGCUUCUAUCAGAGCAUCAGGCCUACUCAGAUGGGUCUUUCUCUUAAUAUUGAUAUGUCGUCCACUGCCUUCAUAGAACCACUCCCUGUGAUUGAGUUCGUAGCCCAAAUCCUUGGCAAAGAUGUAUUAUCCAGACCAUUAUCUGAUGCCAAUCGGAUUAAGAUAAAAAAGGCUCUUAGAGGUGUUAAAGUUGAAGUAACUCACAGGGGAAGUGUACGACGAAAAUACCGGAUUUCAGGGUUGACAUCUCAACCCACUCGAGAGCUAAUUUUCCCAGUGGAUGAUCAAAUGAACAUGAAAUCAGUGGUUGAGUACUUCAAGGAGAUGUAUGGGUUUACGAUUCAGCAUUCUCAUCUUCCUUGCCUUCAGGUAGGAAACCAGAAGAAGGCAAAUUAUCUGCCAAUGGAGGCAUGCAAGAUAGUUGAGGGCCAGAGAUAUACCAAAAGGUUGAAUGAAAAGCAAAUCACAUCAUUGCUUAAAGUUACUUGCCAGAGGCCCAGAGAUCAGGAGAUGGAUAUUUUGCAGACAGUUCAACAAAAUGGUUAUGAUCAAGACCCUUAUGCAAAAGAGUUCGGAAUAAACAUUACUGAUAAGCUUACAUCAGUUGAAGCUCGUGUGCUUCCACCCCCCUGGCUUAAAUAUCAUGACACUGGGAGAGAAAAGGAGUGUUUGCCUCAGGUUGGCCAGUGGAAUAUGAUGAACAAGAAAGUAAUAAAUGGAUGCAAAGUAAAUAACUGGGCUUGCAUAAACUUUUCGCGGAGCGUGCAAGAAACCACUGCUCGUGGGUUUUGCCAGGAGCUUGCUCAGAUGUGCCAAAUAUCUGGAAUGGAGUUCAACCAUGAACCUGUAAUACCUAUUUAUGCCACCAGGCCAGAGCAAGUAGAAAAGGCUCUUAAACAUGUUUAUAAUGCAGCGAUGCACAAGCUCAGAGGGAAGGAGCUGGAGCUUCUAUUAGCCAUCCUUCCUGAUAACAAUGGUUCCUUAUAUGGUGAUCUUAAACGAAUCUGUGAAACUGAUUUGGGAUUAAUAUCUCAAUGCUGCCUAACAAAGCAUGUUUUCAAGAUAAGCAAACAGUAUUUGGCAAAUGUGUCACUUAAAAUCAAUGUCAAGAUGGGAGGAAGAAAUGCUGUACUUCUAGAUGCUAUUAGUAGAAGAAUUCCAUUGGUCAGUGACAAACCAACCAUAAUAUUUGGUGCAGAUGUAACUCAUCCAGAAAAGGGGGAGGACUCUAGUCCUUCAAUUGCUGCUGUCGUUGCUUCCCAAGAUUGGCCUGAAGUCACAAAAUAUGCGGGAUUGGUGUGUGCACAGGCUCAUCGGCAAGAACUUAUUCAAGACCUGUUCAAGACAUGGCAUGAUCCUCAGAGGGGAGUGGUCAGUGGAGGCAUGAUCAGAGAGCUUCUCCUAUCAUUUCAGAAGGCAACUGGACAAAAGCCACAAAGAAUAAUCUUUUACAGGGAUGGUGUUAGUGAAGGUCAAUUCUAUCAAGUCCUGCUAUAUGAGUUAGAUGCCAUUCGAAAGGCAUGUGCAUCAUUAGAGCCAAAUUACCAACCUCCCGUGACUUUUGUGGUUGUUCAGAAGCGCCAUCAUACAAGGCUUUUUGCUAACAACCACAAAGAUCGAAGUAGCACUGACAGGAGCGGAAAUAUUCUACCUGGUACAGUGGUGGAUUCCAAGAUUUGUCAUCCGACUGAAUUUGACUUUUACCUUUGCAGUCAUGCUGGAAUUCAGGGAACAAGUAGGCCAGCCCAUUACCAUGUUUUAUGGGAUGAAAACAAUUUCACUGCUGAUGAAAUGCAGACACUGACGAACAAUUUGUGUUAUACGUAUGCUCGGUGCACUCGGUCUGUUUCUGUUGUGCCACCUGCUUACUAUGCACAUCUAGCUGCAUUCCGAGCCCGGUUCUACAUGCAGCCUGAGAUAGCCGAAACCCCGACAUCGAAGACCACUCGAACAAUCAAUGGGUGUUCCGUGAAGCCUUUGCCAGCACUCAAGGAGAAGGUGAAGAAGGUGAUGUUUUACUGUUGAGAAAUGAAAAACAUGACAUAAAUCAAGGGUUGUAUCAUACUGUAGAGAGAAGGGAAAGGGAUGGAAGUAAGGAAGGAAGGAAGGAAGGAAGGUGUUUUGAAAACAUGCAGUUCCCACAUUGAGCCUUUUUUGGGCUUGUUUGAGGAAAUGCAUAGUUGAGGUUGUGUAUGUAUACUAGUGAGUUUUAGGAAUGUGUUUCAUGUGCAUCAUUCUGAUGUUUCAAUCUCUGUUCAUUCUGAACACAACUUAUAUGAAGGUAGUAGCUAGUUAGUUAUCCAUGUAAAUAUUUUGGUUUCUUGGAUAAAUCCAUUAUCAUGAUAUGCCAUUUUCUUUGAA